CAAUCAUCGUACACACGCGCAUUUGCCGGUGUGAUGCUAAAAGCCGAAAUAAUAAAUGUCGUCACUGCUGAUAAGCCUCACCGGCGCAUUCUUUUUAGUACGGAUGGGUGUUUGUAAGCAUGGGUAAAAGUUACACGACAAUGGAAAUUAUACGGCUUAAGCUAUCCAAGUGAGUUAUGUAUCAUAGCUUUUCAUACGAUGCAUGGAUGGCUUUGUUUUCUCCAGGCAAGGGCAUUUGAAAAAUAUGUUUGUCGUGGAUAGAAGAAUUUUCUUUUCUUUAAGAAUUUUAUUCAGGUUUCUAACAAAAUAUUUUCUUCUCCAUUUCUGUGGAUUUUAUUUGUCAUUUAUUGAGAAUUUUUCACUAUGGACAACAUGCGUUUUUCUUUGCAGUAAGGCGUGGGUUUUCUGUGAAUUUCAGAAAUUAAUAAGUUGAGUUUGAGUUAAAAUUAUUAAAGAUUAGGUACUAGUAAUGUUAUUUUUUUAUGUAAUAAAAAACUUUGUCUUUCAAAUAGAGUUAAAUUUAAAAAUUAAUGGGCUUUCCUUUUGUCUGCAGGAUUAUAUCGAUCAAGAUAUAAUAAUUUUGAAUAAACUACAAUAUGGCAUGUAGGCAGCUGUCUUCUGAUUCUACAAUAACAGAUCUUGGUGAGAAUGACGAUGAAGCAGAAAAAGAAGAAAGAAGAUCAAAUUCAUCUAGUAGUUCUGCUUUUGCAAUGGUCAAUUUAACUCAGGAAGAAAUAAACUAUCAAAUUGACCAGUGUUUGAAACUGAAUGCAGCAAAUAAGAUAAAUGACAAAAAUGCAUUCCAAUUAAAAAUGAUAGAUUUCCUGGUUUACGCUUUAAAAAAACAGAAUUCAAAAAUUUCCAAUUUACAAAUGGCAAGUGUAUGCUUGGAUGUUAGUGGUAAGAUUUAUGGGUUCAGAGUUGAUAAAGUCCACUCUGAUUUGCUGAAGAUUGUUGGUGCUUCAAGAGGAGAAAAAAGACCUCAUGAGAAUAAUGCAGAAAAUUUGUAUAAUCAGGAUGCCAAUGGCAAUAUGAUAAGUCAACCUAUGAAAAAAAAGAAACGAAAAAAUCACUUAUUAUCUUCAGUGGAAAUACUCAAAGGAAAAGUAGAAACAUACAAUCCAUUAUCUAUGCUAGAUAAUCAACGGGACAUGCAAGCGUCAGAUUGUCUCUAUCAAGCCAGAUUACCAAAACAUGUAAAUCAAGGAAUUGCCCUAAAUUUAUACAGUGACAUAGUUCUUGAUAGAUUACCAAUAGAUAGAUAUAAUUAUACAAGUUUUUUGAUCCCUAGCAUUGUAGAUUAUACUCAUGAUCAAAUAUGCCCAUCAUAUGCAGACUUUAAAUUCCUUGACUGGUCUAUAGAAGAUAUGCCAACCAAUGUUAGUGAACCAAUUGAAAGUGAUAGUGAAUAUCAUUUUAACAUUGAUGCUCCAAUAGUAGACAAUGAUAAAAACGAAGGAACUAUGAACUACAGAAAUGAUCAAAAAGAAAGAUUCAACAAAACAAUACUAAAUUGUGAUGAAGAUCAACCAGAAUUGACCGAUUUUCAAGAUGUAAUAUCUAACAAUCCAAAUCCUGAUAUAACUUAUGAAUAUUCUUAUAUUCAUGAUAAUCACAGUAUACACUUAGUCAGACCAUCCCAUUGGCGAGUACACAUCAAAAGAGAUAUUACAUAUCAUGAAGCUGUUAGAUCACAAAGAAAAAGGAGACGAAAAAAGAAAAUUAAGCUGCAGUUUGCGGAAGAUGCCAAGAAAGUAGCUGAUUCAAGGUUUGUCCUUGCAAACAAACCGCUUAAAUUAUUAAGAACAACUUACAUGAAUUGGUUACAUGACCAUAUUACUCUCCCAUAUUUCAUGCAACAUGAUAAAAAUCGUUUUUGCAGUUACUUCACCAAUGAUAAAAAAAUGAAUUUUUCUGAUUCUGGUGGCAAAAUUAAAAACAAAGAGGAAGAUAUAAGAGACAGCCAAAAUGACAGUUUUAAUUUUUCAAAUUUGGGGAAUGACAUUCAUAACAAUGAGGAUUUUCAAUUAAACAUUGAUGAACAAGAAAACCAAAUAAUAGAUCAUUCAUUCGUGUUUUCUGAUUCAGAGCUACCAUUACAACAAUCAUGUAAGGAAGCUUUCCUUGGAGAAAAUUUGGUUUCUUUGCCUAAAUUAACUGAUAACAUUUUCAUCCCAUACUCUCCAAUGGCUAAGAAAAUUAAUAUGCGUCAAUUGAAGCAAAGCAUACAUCACUUUCUGCAUAACCAAGAGACCAAAGAAUUCAGCCAAUUAUACAGAGAAUUGCCAGCCAAACUUUCUAAAGUUAACGCUCAAUCUCUGAGUCCAGGAUUGGCGUUUAUGUGUAUACUUCAUGUAUCACAUGAAAAAAAAUUAACUUUGAAAGUUAAUUCAGACUAUACAGAUCUAACAAUAAGAAAUUGUAAUAAAGUCUAAUGCUAAUUCAAUUUCACAUGUGUAAAAUAUAAUUUUGAAAGUCUGCAUGUAUUAAAUGAGCCUAGCUAUAUAGUAAGUAAAUUGCGAUGCAAUAAUCGUGUAAAAUAUUAUUUUCAAUUGUUUUAUCGUUUAUAGUGCCUUAAUAAUGUAAAAAAUCAUGUUAUAUUGACUAGAUUUAUACACGCUCGGCUGUGCAUAUAAAAAUAACGUACUACUUAUUAACAAAUGCAAAACUAAUGUAUGUACUGAAUUAUAAAUUAUGAUUGUUAUUACAUGUUUUUUUUUGUUACUUAUAUGUAUAUAUUUGUGAUAUAUAUCUGCACAAAAAAUUCUUGUUAAAAAUAACCAAAAUGAA